AUGAAAUAAAUUCUCAUUUUAGUAUUCAGUCUAUAUGAAGUUUUGUGUUAAGAUAAAUUACUUGCUGUCUAGGCCAUUUGGAGACAUGGAGCAAGAAAUCCUUAUUACUGCAAUUUUGAAUGUGAUCCAAAUGUAGCAAAAGGAGAUGCUGCAUUAUUAACACCUACUGGAAUGAGAUAAUAAUAUGUAUUAGGAAAAUGGCUAAGAUAAAGAUACAUUAUAGAUACUCCACUUUUAUCACCAACUUUUAAUGAAAAUGAAAUAUAUAUAGAAAGCUCAGAUGUCAAUAGGUAUUCAUAGAUUCCUUAAUUAUUAGGACUCUAUAAAGUGCCUAUAGUAAUUUAUAAGGAAUGUAUCCAGAGGGACCUAAUGUACCUCAUUUUGUUGAUGAAAAUGUUUCAUUACUAUUACCUCCUAAUAAAGGUUCUGUGACUCCUCCAGGAAUUGGAGAUUAUGCCUUACCUAACAAAAUUUAAUUAAUACCAAUCCAUACCAAAUAAAAAGACAUGGAUUAUGCUAUUGCGAUUGCAUGUCCAAAAGGUCCUGAUAUGGUUGCCGAAAAUAAAAAAACAAAGUUAUAUAAAGAGGUUAAUGACGCCACAGCUUAAUUAUAUAAAGACUUUAAUGAAUAAUUAAAAUUAACAGGAGAGAAAUAAGUUAAUGAUUUUGUUUAGCUCUCUAAUUAUAGAGAUACCUUUAUUUGUAAUAGAUACAAUGGAGAUCCUAUGCCUAAAGAUUUGAAACCUGAAACAUUAAAACAAAUUGAUGAUAUUUCCAAUUUAGCAUUUAGUCUUGAAAAGUUCUAAACACCCGAGUAUAUCAAUUUAAUUAUAAUAUAUUAGAUAAGUAAAACUUUUUUCAACUCCUUAUUUUAAAUAAGUUAUUGAUCAUUUUGAUAGUUUUUUGAAUGGAACUUCACAUUUUAAAUAUUAUGGAUCUUCUUCUCAUGAUUCAACUCUUUUGGCUUUAUUAUCUGGUCUUAAUUUGACCAGUGCUUAAUGUUAAGCUGAUAUCUAUCUAAAUAAAACAAUUACUCAUAAAAAUUGUAUUAAAGAAGUAUUAAAUAAUUAAUAAUUAAUUUUAGUAUGUUGAAUUUGCAUCUAAUAUUAUAUUUGAACUGUAUAAUAAUUCAAUCACAGGACCAUAUGUUAAAGUAUUAUAUAAUGGAGAAUAUAUGCCACUUUGUUCAACAGAAGGUAAGACAUGUAAAUAUUCAACUUUACGUUCUACUUUUAUGGCACAAUAAGUAGAUUACAAAGCAGAAUGUGGAAUUAAAAACCAUGAUGAAAUACCAGUAAAUAUUUAUAAUUUAUUAAUACAAUUAGAUUGAAAAGGAAACUCCUGGUUGGGCAAUAGCAUUUUUCAUAAUUGUUAUUCUUUUAUUAGUAGCUGGUUUAGGAAUGGUCAUAAUUAUUAAAAAGAAAGUAGCAGAUUCAGAAUGAG